UUUUUUAAAAAACCAUUUCCUGAAAACUCAGUGCAGAAAUGUAACCUACUGCAGGAAGUGAGAUGAUCUUCUUUUGCUGUAUUCUGAAGAUAAUUUGCUUCAGACAGGAGAUUUUUGGGUGCUUGCUGAAAUUUUGGAGAUCUGGGAAAAUGGGGGUAAUAACAUGACACCAGUUCUUAAGCAGCAACAUCUGCUGUGGUUCAAAGCCACACAAAGAAAGCUGUUUAAGCAGUUGAAUAUUUUGGACUGCACGGACAAGUGUGGUUCAACUGCAAAGACUGCAGAGCAAAAAAUUUAAAGUUUCAAGAAGUUGUUAAAAAAUGGAGUCAUGGAAGAUGAGCAUCUUUAAGAGACAAACAUCACCGUGUCCUCCAAGCUAUCGAAGAUCUUUGUCAGAACCUGCUUAUGCACACUCAGAGAUAGGAACAAGCUUAAAGAGUUAUCCAUGGCGUGGUCCAGUGAAAAGCAAGAGGAAGAAAAAUGAACAGGCUGUUUCCAGUCUAGGAAAGCCACUGGGUGCUUAUCGGUGGCAAACACACCCCAGCUUAAGGUUGAAAGGGGACAAAAAGGAGCAAUUGGAAAAUAAUAAAGGAGACUUGGAUGAACCACAACAACAAGCAGUCCUGCCAAAGAUGGUUGGGGAUAAUAUUUCUUCCUCUGGCAGUGAAGUCCUUGGGACAUCAAUGGAGAAGCAGAACCUGGUAAACACUCGGUCACUUCGGGUUCCAUUCAGCAGAUCUCUUUCAGAGCCAGAACCCUGCUCCAGUGUCAGAUUUGUUAGACGGUGGCCAACUUCAGUGGGGUCAGUGGAGUCUGAGCAGCAGGGAUAUUUCAUCCGUGGCAUUUUCUCUACUCUUUCCAAUGGCUUCUCCAGGAUGCUGAAUCUAAAAGGAGGGUCAACCAGUGAGCCAGUAAGAGAAGAUGUGAAAGGGCCACCUACCCACCGUCUGUCUUGUGGCCAGUCGCCCUACACCGACACGACAACAUGGGAGCGGAAGUACUGCAUCCUCACAGACAGCCAGCUGGUGUUGCUCAACAAGGAGAAGGAGAUACCUGUGGACGGAGGACAAGAACAGCAGGCGGAUUCCACCAAAGGGCGAUGCCUGCGGAGAACUGUCAGUGUUCCUUCCGAGGGUCAGUUUCCUGAAUACCCACCAGAGGGCGCCACUAAACUGGAGGUGCCAGCAGAAAGGUCCCCACGCAGACGGAGUAUCUCAGGGACCACUACAUCUGAGAAACCCAACUCUAUGGACACUGCGAAUACCUCACCCUUCAAAGUACCAGGGUUCUUCAGCAAGCGCCUAAAAGGCUCCAUCAAGAGGACCAAAAGCCAAUCAAAGCUUGACCGAAACACGAGCUUUCGGCUUCCUUCUCUUCGCAAUACCGAUGACAGGUCUCGUGGGCUGCCUAAACUAAAAGAGUCCCGUUCUCAUGAGUCUUUGCUGAGCCCAUGCAGUGCCGUGGAAUGUCUGGAUCUCGGUAGAGGGGAGCCUGUAUCGGUAAAGCCACUCCAUAGCAGCAUCCUUGGACAAGACUUCUGCUUUGAGGUUACCUACUUAAGUGGAAGUAAAUGCUUCAGUUGUAACUCUGCUUCAGAGAGAGAUAAGUGGAUGGAAAACCUGCGCAGGACAGUUCAACCAAAUAAGGACAAUUGUAGACGAGCUGAAAAUGUUCUCCGUUUAUGGAUUAUUGAAGCCAAGGACCUUGCCCCUAAAAAGAAAUAUUUCUGUGAACUGUGCCUUGAUGAUACCCUCUUUGCUCGUACAACCAGCAAGACCAAAGCAGACAAUAUCUUCUGGGGUGAACAUUUUGAGUUCUACAGCCUUCCACCUCUUCAUAGCAUCACAGUUCACAUUUAUAAAGAUGUGGAAAAAAAGAAGAAAAAAGACAAGAAUAAUUAUGUAGGGCUAGUCAACAUCCCCACUGCCAGUGUGACUGGUCGCCAGUUUGUAGAAAAGUGGUACCCAGUGAGUACACCUACACCCAACAAAGGAAAGACAGGAGGACCUUCUAUUCGGAUUAAAUCACGUUUCCAAACCAUCACCAUUCUGCCUAUGGAGCAAUACAAAGAGUUUGCAGAAUUUGUCACCAGCAACUAUACCAUGUUAUGUUCUGUUCUUGAACCAGUAAUCAGUGUGAGAAAUAAAGAAGAGCUAGCCUGUGCCUUAGUGCACAUUCUUCAAAGCACGGGAAGGGCCAAGGAUUUUCUGACGGACUUGGUGAUGUCUGAGGUGGAUCGUUGUGGAGAACAUGAUGUCUUGAUCUUCAGAGAGAACACCAUUGCCACCAAAUCCAUUGAGGAAUACCUCAAGCUGGUGGGACAACAGUAUCUUCACGACGCACUGGGGGAGUUCAUCAAAGCUUUGUAUGAGUCAGAUGAAAACUGUGAAGUGGAUCCCAGCAAAUGUUCAUCCAGCGAACUUCUGGACCAUCAGAGCAACCUGAAAAUGUGCUGUGAGCUGGCUUUCUGCAAGAUCAUCAACUCUUACUGUGUUUUUCCUCGUGAGCUAAAAGAAGUGUUUGCAUCUUGGAAGCACCAGUGCCUGAACCGCGGCAAGCAGGACAUCAGUGAGCGGCUCAUCAGCGCCUCACUGUUUCUCCGUUUUCUGUGCCCGGCCAUCAUGUCUCCCAGUCUCUUCAACCUCAUGCAGGAGUAUCCUGAUGACCGCACAUCUCGGACUCUGACUCUCAUUGCCAAGGUCAUCCAGAACCUGGCCAACUUUGCCAAAUUUGGUAACAAGGAGGAAUACAUGGCAUUCAUGAAUGAUUUUUUGGAACAUGAAUGGGGUGGAAUGAAGCGCUUUCUUUUGGAGAUCUCUAAUCCAGACACUAUCUCAAACACCCCAGGCUUUGAUGGUUACAUUGAUCUGGGCCGAGAGCUUUCAGUUUUGCAUUCCUUACUGUGGGAAGUAGUUUCCCAACUUGAUAAGGGUGAAAAUUCCUUCCUACAGGCAACCGUGGCAAAAUUGGGACCUCUCCCUCGUGUUCUUGCUGAUAUUACCAAAUCUCUGACUAAUCCUACACCAAUACAACAGCAACUGAGACGCUUCACUGAGCAUAACUCCAGUCCAAAUGUCAGUGGAAGCCUCUCCUCUGGGCUGCAGAAAAUAUUUGAAGACCCUACUGACAGUGAUUUGCACAAACUAAAAUCCCCAAGCCAGGACAACACAGACAGUUAUUUCAGAGGGAAGACAUUAUUGCUGGUCCAGCAAGCCUCCUCCCAGAGCAUGACUUACUCGGAAAAGGAUGAAAAGGAAAGUAGCCUCCCCAAUGGCCGCAGCAUCUCCCUCAUGGACCUUCAGGAGACGCACGCGGCCCAAGCGGAGCAUCCGUCUGUGAUACUCGACGUGCCCAUGCGCUUGACCGGAAGCCAGCUCUCCAUAACUCAGGUGGCCAGCAUCAAGCAACUGCGGGAGACCCAGAGCACCCCCCAGAGUGCACCCCAAGUGCGAAGGCCCCUGCACCCAGCCUUGAACCAGCCAGGCAGCCUCCAGCCCUUGUCCUUCCAGAACCCUGUCUAUCACCUCAGUAACCCCAUUCCUGCAAUGCCAAAGGCCUCUGUGGACUCCAGUUUGGAGAACCUAAGCACUGCCAGUUCCAGGAGCCAAAGUAACAGUGAAGACUUCAAACUCAGCGGACCCAGCAACAGCAGCAUGGAGGACUUCACCAAACGGAGCACGCAGAGUGAGGACUUCUCCAGGCGCCACACCAUGCCCGACAGACACAUACCUCUCGCCCUGCCGCGGCAGAACAGCACGGGGCAGACCCAGCUCCGGAAGAUGGACCCGGCGGGGCUGGGCGCCCGAGCCAAAGCCCCGCCAUCCCUGCCGCACAGCGCCUCCCUGCGGAGCACCGGGAGCAUGUCGGUGGCAUCGGCGGCUCUGGUGGCCGAGCCCCUGCAGAACGGGAGCCGGUCCCGACAGCAGUCCUCUUCCUCCAGAGAGAGCCCGGUACCCAAAGUGAGAGCCAUCCAGAGGCAGCAGACCCAGCAGGUUCAGUCACCUGUGGACUCCGCCACAAUGUCCCCAGUCGAGAGGACAGCAGCCUGGGUUCUGAACAAUGGGCAGUAUGAAGAGGACGUGGAAGAGACUGAGCAAAAUCAGGACGAAGCCAAGCAUGCUGAGAAGUACGAACAGGAAAUCACCAAACUGAAGGAGCGCCUGCGAGUGUCCAGCCGGCGACUCGAGGAGUAUGAGCGCCGGUUGCUAGUGCAGGAGCAGCAGAUGCAGAAGCUGCUGCUGGAGUACAAGGCCCGGCUGGAGGACAGCGAGGAGCGGCUGCGCAGGCAGCAGGAGGAGAAGGACAGCCAGAUGAAGAGCAUCAUCAGCAGGCUAAUGGCUGUGGAAGAGGAACUGAAGAAGGAUCAUGCUGAGAUGCAGGCAGUUAUUGAUGCAAAGCAAAAAAUAAUCGAUGCACAGGUCAUAAAUGGAGAUGAGAUUAUGCAAACAGGAAAAACGGAUCGUGUCCCUGGAUUCGGCCAACACCAGACUGAUGAGCGCGCUGACCCAGGUGAAGGAACGGUACAGCAUGCAGGUCCGAAAUGGCAUCUCCCCCACCAACCCCACCAAGCUUUCCAUCACGGAGAAUGGUGAAUUCAAAAACAGCAGCUGCUGACGGACGGGCCUCACAAAUAGACACACUGUGGGAGGAGACAGAAGGAAACGUCCCCACUCUCCUGUCCCCAGCCCUCUCCCCAGCCCCACCAGGUUUACAGAAUGCCGCUGCUUCAGAACAGCAGGGUGGCGAGCAAGUCUGGAAUGGAGAAAGGAACCUUGUCUUUCAGGGCAUAAGGCUAAGACUUCCAAGGUCGACGCUUCCCCCACCCCCACCCCAUGUCUCUGUGUACAUAGGGAACUUAGUUCUGGGCCGUGUACAGAAAAUACCACUGUAAUAUACCCAAAGGAAGUUAAUAAUGUAGAUUACCUUUUUAACUAUUGCUAUUUUUAUUAUUGUUGUCCUCUUGUUGAAAGCACUGCAGUUGUUAGAGGAGGAAAUGUAGGAACUGUGUACGUGAAUGAGAGUCGAGCCCAGCCGCUCAGUAGGUAGAGACCACGCAUCUGUCUGGUAGAGCACACGGACCGCGACAGGACAUGGUGAGAAUGAAUUUUUCAGGGAUUCAUCUGCCAGGUUAAAAGCCCCGCUCUGGUUCCCUUGUCCUGUAGGAAAACAUGCAAAUUACCAAGAUCCAAACGAAACAGUUCAUCCCACUGAUCAAGCGGGACUGGUUCUACAUGGACAGCUGAUCUGCGUGGGGACUCACUGUCCCAGAGGACGCAGAUAAGAGCUGUUGCAUUGAAACCGGACUCUAGGAGGGGUUUCUGUUGAACUCCUGUUGAUGUUCAUUUCCUUCUGUCUGUAGCAGAUGGAAAUUUUUCCACUUUAGGUAGGGGGCUUUUUUUUUUUUUUUUAACCCCAGUUGUAAUAAAAGGUGUUCUUUUUCCUCUUUAGAGUUUACAAAACUAUAAAUAUCUGUGUCUCUAGAAACCAUCUUCAUCUUCACACACCCACUUGCCCUUUCCUCCCCCGUGGUGGGAGCAGUCAUCACCAACAGGGUUUACUCUCCCCUGGAGAGGUUAUUCAGAUCUACUGUCCAUAAGCCAUCCGAAAGAAACACCCUUUCUUCCGUACAGAAAAGGGCUAACCAUAUCAUACCAUAGCAGGAAGCUCUGAAUAGUUCCCAAUUAAAAAUUUUUCUUCUAUUUGUAAGUUACAACUCUGGUUUGGGAUAAAGAUUUUAUCCAGUGUACUAGCAGGUGUCGGGGCAGGGUAAUUUUAUCUCAGUCUUUCACUUUUAAAUUGCUUCUUCUUUUAAAUUUGGACAAGAAAUCCAAAUCAGAAGCAUUGCUCUCUUAAAAGUUGUGAUUACUCUUAAUGAAAAAUAAAAUACUGAAACUGGGAGGACAGCGUAUUCCAGCUGUUAUUCCCAUGCUCUUUGUAUAUUUGGCAAUAAUAACCCAGUUCACUAGUUGUCAUCCAUGGCUUUAUUGUAGGACAGAAACAGUUUUGGAAGUUCAUUUACUUCCUUUUUUUUUUCCCCAGAGGUGUGAAACGUCAUCUUAAAUGCAACCUUGAUUAUCAGAAGUAUGAAAUGUUACAAGUUAGACAGAUAGUAUAUAGACAAGUAUAUAUACACAUAUAUUCACACAUAUGUACAUAUAACUGCACAAAUAGGAAAAGUUCCUGACUUCUAUGCUGUCGGAUUUAAUGUUAAAAGGAGUUAGAAUCUCAUUAAGCAAGAUCUAAGCAAUUGCUUAUAUUGAGAAAGCAACCACAUUUCUCAAGUAAGUUAAUGAUGUUUAUUUUAAAUUAUAAACUUUAGGGAUUUUUUUUUUUUAAGGGAGAGGAGGGAGGGGAAAAAACACCCGAGGAAGCCAUAUGCAUGGAGUGAGUGUUUCCACAUAACGGAGUACUUAGAACUACAAAGGGGACGAGAGAACAUUUAUCAGGUCCCCUUCUGGGUGACGCCCCAGCAGAGUCACCAAGCUUCCCUCCACUGUACCGCAGACUUGCACUCUGACCUCUUAAGCACUGCCCUCCAGUAGAUCUUUGUGUUUGACCUUGUAUUUCAACAACCUCACAUGGUCCCCAACCCACAGUCUUUUGAAAUAUGUCCCCUCUGUACCAUUCCCAUUUCUGCCUGUCGAAGAUCUAAAACAGGAGCUGCCUGGUGUGCUCAUCUGAUCUGCAGACAUCAGGCCACAUAGUUUGGCACUUGUGUAUUUUCUUGACCCCUGGUCAUGAUUUUAUAAAUUCUUAUCCCCUUUCCCUCCAAGUUGAGGGCAUACUGUGGCCAAAAUCACUUAUUUGAAUAGGAAAAAAAAAAACUACCAAUUCUGAAGUAGUGCUCAAUGUUGGGGGAGAGGGUAUGUAAACAUAGGUCUGUUCUUGUUUGUGACUAUUUUAGCUCUAGCCAUUCUCUAUAAAAGCCUUCAGAAAACCUGGUAAAAGAAUGGUCAGCUUCAGUGGCCUUAAGUAUGUAUCGUUGGUGAUGUCUUGCAUUGAGGUUUGGAAGUUCUCGGGUAGUGGUUAUGGAUGACAGAGGUCUGAUAAACUAUUUUGGAGGGUUGGGGGAGACACACAAAACCAAAUUUUUUUUUUUUAAUUUAAAUUUAUGUUUUUGAUGGAUGCAAUACAUCUUAUCGGCAUUAUGUGAGCUUCUGAGAUGGCUGCCUCACUUGGAAGAUUAGAUGCCCAAAAUGUUUGUAUAGCUUAUGCAGCCCUCUGUUAUUAUCAGGUUAUCUUGAAUGAAGAGGAAAGAGUAUACACAAAUAAUAAAAUCAGAGGUAAGCUAGAAGUUCAGUGUAGUUGCCAGAUGUUAAAUUUUAGAUUAUCCUUUGAGCUUAUUCCUAUCUGAAUAUUUUUUCUGAGUAUUUGUUUAGAGAAUGCUGCAGUCUUACAGAACUUAUUCCAAAAGAUUUUUUAAGUAUGGAGAAAGUCAGCAACAAGCCAAUAAUUUUUAUGGAGGUAUUGCUCAAUUGGCUUUUCUUCAGCCCAAAUAAGUACACACCUCUGUUUUACUCGGAGGAGGUGCGUGUUUGAAGAGAAGUGGGUGGAUUAAGAUAGCACAUCUUGCACGCUCUCUAACACCCAACACGUCACCGUGUGAUGGGGUGCAGCGUGGACCAAUGCUGGAGUUUGGAAAUCAUAUGAAGUGCUGGCAGAAUGCUUGUCUAGCUGACAACCAGACUAGGCCAUUAAUAAGGACAAACAUUGGCAGGAUUUAGGGAAAGAGCUUAAUACUUCCCUUUUAUUUUCACUGGAGCAAUACGCUUUCUGAGCUGAAGCAGCAAGAAGUAAUAACAUUUCCUUCAGGUCAUCGCAUUCCGAGUGUCUGCAAUACAAGCCCUGAUGGAAGGGAGAUUGUAACUCGGUAACUAAGAGAAACACUUGACCACUUACUAUGUUCCAGGCACUGUUACCCAGGUUCUGCUGGGCUCCAGGGCAGCCUGCUGUAAGAGAAGUGUGGUAAAAUGAGUUCAUCAUGCUGCUGUAACUUGGCCUUUUGCACUUGUCACUGAAUUGGUCAGAAUUAGCUUUCUCUGGUCCACUUCUACCGUCUCCUAUGAUGGUGCUGGACAAUGAAAGAAAAAGUAGGAUUAUCUAGGACUGCUGUAUCCCCUUGAGAAUUAACUUGACUUUCGAGGUAAAGCUUUUUGGAUCCUAGUCUGUUUACAGAUCUGUAGCUCUGCCGACCCUCAGUUCUCUGUCUGGCCCAGAGGUGCACUGGGUUGAGAGCAGUUCUUUUUUGGAAGCCCCAGAGCAGGACCGUUGCCAUCGAGUGAGAUUGGUUAGAUUGUUCUGCCUUCCAUCUAGGUUUAGUUCUAGUUAUCUCCAUUUUGGAGUUUCUGAGAAGACUGGUUAUGGGACUGAACUUGGGGAAGGAAUCCUCCUUGGGAUGACCGAAGGCCCACAUGACCCUGACUAGAGCUGACACCACACUAGACUUGUCACUGGGCCGGACUCAGCGGCUCUGGAGCCCACUCCACAGCUUCCCUGUACUUUCAGCCGCUUCUCCAGGGGCCAUCUUCUACACAUUAUGGGCUUGCUUCUUCAUUUCCCCUUCCCUUUUUCACUUCAGUGAAAUCUCCUGCUCACUUCAGCAGUAAAUAGUUGCCUACGCACCCCGUACCUGAGGGCCAAGGAUUUGGGAUACUUUGGUUUUUUAAUCAAUAUGUCCAUUGAAAGGGCCUAUUUUGUUUCCUUUUUUAAAAGCAAGAUAUGUUGGGGUGUUAAAUUUUUAAGUAGACUCUCUUUCUGUGUUUGAGUGAUUGUUGGUUAGUUCUAGAAGCAUUCUCUUGUCAUGACCCAGUUAUGAAUGCUCUAGAGUUUAGGAAGGACAAAAGUGAUGAAAUUUGCAUGAGGUAGAAUAAAUAUCUUAUGAAGAGUGAAAGAACCUGAGAAGAUACAUGAUCCAAAAGGGGCUAAUGCGCAGCAGUCUUCUUCAAAGCCCAACGGGUUCAAGGAAACAGAAGGAUUUAUCAUCCUUUGCCCCAUCUCAAAAUAUACGAGAUACGUAGAAAGGCAGUUUCUGUAGAAACACGAUGUGGGCACCCACGCAAAACACACGAUUCUUAGGGCUUCCUUUUUCUGAAUGUUAAUCCAUCUCAUCAAGCAGUGAUUCCCAAACGUCUUGAGAUUUUUAGAUGUUAUGCCCUCAUCUGUUAGAUUGUAUGAGAGUGGUUCUUUCCUCUUUAAAAUGUACCAUAUGUGUUAUAUGUAUAUAUGUUAAAGUGACUUGAAAUUGACUUGGUUUGACAUUAUCUCAAGAACCCAAGAUAACAUUAUUGAUACCUUGGGAAGUCAUAGAAAUAAAGUUGAAUGUCGCUGAUCUGAGAGUCGAGUCCAGAAAGAAGUAGCUGUGGUUCCCGAUCGGUUUAUCCUUAGGUGUUUGAGUAAGGCUUGGCCAUGAGCCACCCAAGGAGCCAAGUGGUGGUUUGCAUCCAUAUUUCAGCAGCAUUUUAAUUUUCUCCUCAGUUCUUAGUGUUCAUUGCCUUUGUUUUUUCCCAGGAAAUGUUUUAGUUUGAACCUUAAAGCCAGAUUUAUAUAUUGUAAAAAGAUUUUCACAGAAACUGUGUUUUAGGAGGCCUCAAUCAUCUGUGUGGGAUGUAUAAAAAUUUAAGAAUAAAUAUCAUUUUUUUGUCAUUUCUACACUCCCAAGGGAAAAUUUCAAUUCCCAGUUCACCAAAAGGUUAAAUACUAGUUGAUUCAAUGACCACUAUCCUGCAGAAAAUUUGAAAUAGUAAAGGUUAAAUUUUGACUGGUGCUUAGACAUUUCCUCAUUACAUUAACUCAAGACAGCAGCAUAUUAACCUGAAUCACACCUGUAAGGAACUUACCUUCUAAAUUUGACUUUGUUCUUCAUCUCCAGGGCCUUAAUAAGAGUGUGUUAAAACACAUGACUAUUUUACAAUGAUAGCUCUAAAUAAUUUAUUUUUUAUUUCAAGAAAGAAAUACACGUUAGAGAAACAAAACCCAAGAUUUUAUUUUAUUUUUAAAGCCAUAUUUUUGUGCUGGUAGCACUUAGAUUGUUCCAUAUGUGAGAUCCGUAUCAGCAUUUCAUUACCUGGGUUUGUUCUAAAAGAAGAUUUAUUUUUGUUCUGUGAAUAAUUUUUGACAGUUCUUGUACAUGUACAGAUAUAGAUACGUUUGAGGUCUUUUAUUGAUAUUCCUAUGAAGAAUACAAAUAAACUUUAACUUUAAACAUUUCA